AUGGUUUUACGUAUAAAAUGUACAUUUUUAUUAUUAUUUCCUUUAAUACUUUUGUGUGAAAGUAAAUACGGAUACGUAAAAUGGUCAAGUGGAAACGCUGAAGUAUUGAUUACUGAUAAUCACGAAGAAAUUCCAAAAGUACACGUCGCAAAAGCAACAUACAGUAAUGAAAUUAAUUCUACUGGCUGGGCGUUUUUGGAGUUGCAUACUUCCCCAGAUGUCAGUGAUGAGAAGCAAGCAUAUGCUGCUGGAUUUCUUGAGGGCUUCCUCACCCGGGACUUGAUAUGGAAGCACUGGCAAAAUAUGUUAAAAGGGUAUUGUUAUAAUAAAACUGUGAUCUGCGGUUUGAUAGAAGACUUUGUGGACAAAAAUGAAGAUUACAUUGCUUCAAUGAUAGAAUCCAAUCCCAUCAGUGCAUAUUGGUACCAGGUAAAACUGUACUACAUCCAGCUCGAAGGUAUGGCAGCUGGUUACAACAAGGCUACAAGAAGUGCAUAUGAAUGGCUCACUGUCAGAGAUAUCAAGUGGAUCAACAUGUUAGGUGAUCUGGACGAACUAUCUAUAGCAGUGUCUUCACCGAAGGAAACUCCUGAGGGUAUCUUAUUUGGGGAACAUUGCAGUGGACUUGUUAAACUACUGCCUGAUCUGUCAAAUUUAUAUACUUCUCAUGUUACUUGGAAUAGCUACCAGUCGAUGUUGCGUUUCCAAAAAAUGUACGUGCUCAACUACAGGGUGUCCCCCAAUGAUGAUAGACCCCUACCAGGACGAAAAAUGUCCUUCACAUCAUACCCUGCUUUUGCGCAGUCAACAGAUGACUUCUACAUAAUAUCUUCUGGUCUGGUGGCGGCCGAGACCACGAUAGGGAAUAGCAACAGGACCCUCUUCGACUUGGUGCAACCUGUUGGACAGCUGUUUGAAUAUGUACGGGCCAUGGUUGCGAAUCGUUUGGCGAGAGAUGGCAAGGAAUGGGUGGAGUUGUUCAGAAUGCAUAACAGUGGCACUUACAAUAAUCAAUGGUACAUAGUGGACUAUAAUAAGUUCAAAGCCAGGGGUCUCCAAAGCGCGGGGAGUAUCGAGCCUGGUCUGCUGUGGGUGGUGGAGCAGCUGCCGGGGUACACUGAAGCUGCUGAUCUAACACAGCUUCUUAAAGAAACAACAUACUUCCCGUCAUACAACAUCCCGUACUUCCCGCGCAUGUUCAACCUGAGCGGCGGCAACGAGCGCAUCGCCACCUACGGCGACUGGUUCGGCUACCGCACCAACCCCCGGGCCAAGAUAUUCAAAGAUAAACAGGCGGACAUCUGCAACCUGCAGGACAUGUUCCGCACGAUGCGCUACAACGACUACCGCCACGACGCGCGCGCGCGCUGCGCCUGCCGCCCGCCCUACAGCGCCGCCAACGCCGUCGCCGCGCGCGGCGACCUCAACCCCGCCAACGGAACAUACCCAUUCAGAGCGCUCAGCCACCGCAGCCACGGCGCCACCGACGCGAAGGUGACCAGCGCCGAGCUGCGCGAGGACUUCCAGUUCCUCAGUGUGGCCAGCCCCACGUACAAUGAAUCCCGUGGGAUACCACCUUUCGAAUGGAGCAAAUUCGACAUGGGCACAGAGGUCUCUCACAUCGGGCAUCCAGACCUAUGGAUGUUCCCACCAAUUCUCCACCGCUGGGAGUGGGGA